AAAUAAUUGACGGCAGCGCGGUAGUAGAAAAGCUAGUUUAGCUCGAGGCUCCACUACUCCUAAUUCCUAACUCCCCUUGUCUUACCCACGACCCACAUCCUCUACCACCCUCUACCUUGCCAGGACUCCACCAAGGCGGCCAUCAUCAAUCAUCAAUUACGCUCAUUGUCAAAACGACCCCCAAGCGCCCUACUCUAUUUAAUCUAGCACUGGCUGCUAAAUUCGUCAAUACUCUACUCUCUACAGACAUACCCUGCUCCUCUCCGCGCUAUUUUUCGUUACCUUACCUUCUUUACCUUCCUUACCUUGCUUCAGCUGCUGGGGAAACAUUAUUUCGAAUUCACAUUAUAAUACUUCCCCAAGUCCCAAAACGUCUCAACUUUUAACUACCUUCUUUACGGACUUCACCCUACCGUCGUCGCUGUUUGCAAACCCUUUUAUCUUCGUCGUCAUUCUUUACAAGUAAUGGAAUCCCCAACCAAAACUUCUGCCCCGGCAGCCGCAAGCGCACCUAUUCUUCCUCCUCCAAAACGAACCAUGUCUUCAUCCAAACCGAAGCUUCCACAACUAAAGACUCCAAUGUCUUCAACUUUUCCCUCGGAGCUAUCAGCUUUAUCAAAUUCCGCACGCAGCCCGCUUCCCGGCUAUGCCGACUUCAUCAUCAAACAAGAAGAUACUAUCAAGACUCCAAUUACCCCUCCUCUUGCUUAUACCGAUUUUCUCAAGACGAUGAAUAGUCCUAUCGUUGCGGAGAUUAAAUGUUCGAGACCAACACCUACCUCUGCACCUUCAUCCGAUUCUUUGACUAGCAGUGAAAGUAGCGACUGUUCGUGCAACUGCGAUGCGCAUAGAUCACCAGCCAGCUCUGUCCCUCCUACGCCGUUCAUCUACCCAACAUCUGCGCCAUCUUCUGCAAUACUGGGACGUCUUCGCAUCCCAGUCUCACCAGCAUCUUCAUAUGCUGACUCUCCUUUAAGCGCACGCUCUCCCUUUAGUGCACGAAGCGCACGUUCGCCAUUUGAUUGGGAGAUGAGAGGCAAAGGAAGAUACUUUGAUAUAAAACCACAAAAGCAAACACGAUCAAGCAUCCGCCAGGUUAGGGAAGUUGUUACGCGCACAGUCACAUAUACACCUCGAAUGAGUCCUGCACCAAAGGGCAAGAGAAGGAAAGUCGACCAUAAUGUGGAGUAAAGGAUAUACUAAUAUUUUACCCCUCCUUGCGACAUCACACUUAUCACAUUUCCUUAUACAACACAUUCCUUAAAAAUACAUCUACAUCAACAUCACUACUAAAUACAACAUAUUUCUUUUGUUAUACUGUUGUCACUUACAGAUCAAUACAUCUUACGACUUUAUGGCUUCAUUUCUUGAUUACGACAAUAAUGACACGGUCGUGUCUUAUUUAGGGAGGAAAAUGUACGAGCUUGGCGCAAAUAGCCUGGAGUCUCAUCUGGAGUUCCGGAGUGAACAUCAUUUAUAGCGCGGCUUUGGGGCUAGCAAGCGCACUUUGAUUACAAUACGGCUUGGCUAUUGCAUUCGGAGGUUUACUUGGACUUUACAAAGUACAGGAGUAGGAGCGGAGGACAGGCUUUUUUUUUUCCGAGGUGGAUGGGACUUUUUGCUGGCUGUUGGCGUAUAAUUUCUUGGCGGCGUUCCACGGGCAAGUUCAGGUGGAGGAUGCAAUAGUUCUCGAGUGCUUGGAGAUUUUCAAGCAAGGGAGUCUAGGAUAUGGGAAGGAUGGGAUGGGGAUGAAGAUGAAGAUGAAGAUGAAGAUGAAGCUAUAGUGUAUUGUUUUGUAUAAGCUAUACAAUUAAAUACAAAAUCAAUUACU